UUGCUAGACGUCCAGAUGCUGGGGGCAGAGGCAGAAUGUUCACUCCAGAGCAAGAGACCCAUAUAGUGAACAUGGUGAUUGCCAAUAAUGCAAUAAGACUGCGCGAAAUACAGCAGCGCAUAAUUGAUAAUGACACCAUCUUUCAAAAUAUACACAGUGCAAGCAUUUCUGCACUAAGUCGUGUACUUGCGCGCCACAGAAUAAGAAUGAAGCAAAUUUACAGAGUUCCUUUCGAGAGAAACACAGAACGUGUAAAGCAACUGCGAUAUGACUAUGUGCAGAGAGUGAUGGAACUAGAAGCAGAUGCAAUGGGACAUGAGCUACUUUUUGUGGAUGAGGCCGGUUUUAACCUCAGUAAAACCAGGAGACGUGGCAGGAACAUUAUUGGACACCGUGCCAUCAUCAAUGUCCCAGGACAACGUGGUGGUAACAUAACCAUGUGUGCAGCUAUAAGCCAAAAUGGUGUUGUUCACCAUCAUGCAACCAUAGGCCCAUACAACACUGCACACAUUAUUGCAUUCCUGGACACCUUGCAUGACAUGCUCACUGUUCAGAGACCAGAGCAGACCCGAUAUGUCAUCAUAUGGGACAAUGUUAGUUUCCAUAGGGCUGCUUUGGUCCGCAACUGGUUUACAGACCACCCAUCCUUCAUGGCACUCAACCUCCCUCCAUACUCUUCAUUCUUAAAUCCCAUCGAGGAGUUCUUCUCUGCCUGGCGCUGGAAAGUGUACGACCGUCAUCCUCAUCAACAGGUAGCCCUUUUACAGGCAAUGGAGGAGGCAUGUGGAGAUAUUGACCAGGCAUCAUGUCAGGCCUGGAUACGGCAUUCAAGGAGAUAUUUUCCCCGGUGCCUUGGACUGGAGGAUAUCGCAUGCGAUGUGGACGAAAUUUUGUGGCCGGACCCAGAAAGACGACAUGAUGUAGGCUGACUGUCUUUUUUUUUUCCUUUUUUUUGUGAAAUUCCUAUUUUGUGUUCUGACUUUGUCUUGGUUUUGAUGAGUGUGAAUAAACACCAAUACUUGAAGUUUGGAUCCUUGUAUGUUUACAUGACACUAUGACAAAAGUGUGACCUCAAAUUGACAUCUGUACUCAGAGAAUGCAAAAGCCAGAUGUGUUUUGUAUUCAUACCAUCAGUGUGCAGUUGGCGCAUUGUGUGCUUAGUAGAUGAUGGCUUGUGUGUACUGUUUGAUACGAAAACACCACUUUUACGAAGGUGUGAAGAGUUAAUCUAGCUGUGUUCGCUUUUGCAAGAGAACUACAAUGUUUUGAUAAUUGGGUGACAGGUUUUCUUAUUUGUGUGUAGAGUUUUGCAAAAAUAGCCAAUAGUUACAAAAAAUGUGCUUAAGCAAUCAGAAAAAA